AUGAAUGUCGAUUUAUUAAAUCGUGAUCCAAUUGAAGAAUCCAAGAAACAUAAAUUAAAGAGAUUAAUUCCAAGCCCCAAUUCAUAUUUUAUGGAUGUAAAAUGCCCAGGAUGUCUUCAAAUCACAACUUUGUUCAGUCAUGCACAAAAUGUAGUAUUAUGUGGAAGCUGUAAUAUUAUGUUAUGUCAACCAACAGGGGGAAAAUGCAAAUUAACAGAGGGUUGUUCCUUUAGGAAAAAAAUUGAAUAA